GCGGCCGCGUCUUUUGCGCGCCCUGCUUGCAAAGAUGGCGGUGUCUGUUGGCGCGCAGGCUGUUUGCAGAGCCGUUUCACAGCUCCCGGGCAGCAAAAUGUGAAUGCGGCUGGAGGAGGGCGCCACCGGAAUGAGUCGGCGAAGGAAGCAUGCGGGCAGCCCUGCCAGGAGGAGCACGCCGCGCAGGGCGGCUGCCGAGGACUGCGGCCCGGCGCUGGAGACGGAGGCCCGCUGGUCCAGGGCGCCCCGCGACUCCCGGCUCUGCAGGGCGGGAGCGCGGCCUUUGCGGCGGCAGCAGCGCCAGGAGGCGGCUGACGGCGGGUGGAGCCCGGGAGGAAAGUAUGAGACACCAACGAGAGUUCUGAGAACAGACGUAUUGUCCUGUGCCUUCAGUUCUCCGAAUGAUCCAGAUGGACAGAACGAUAUCUUCUGGGAUCAGAAUUCUCCCAUGACCAAACAGUUAGGUAAGGGAAGAAAGAAGCAUAUUUCCAGUGCAUACACUGAUGAGAUUUCACAUAUUGUCAAUCGUAUUGCUCCUCAGGACGAGAAGCCAGUGACAAACUCCAUGCUGGGUGUGUGGAUUGGUGACACUGCUAUUCCUUGUACUCCUAGCAUAGCAAAAGAAAAAUCAAGAGUGAAAAUCGGCUUCACAAAGUCAAAAACACAAAGUCGAGAAAAAGAACUUAUGAAAUUGGCUAAGCAGUUUGAUAAAAAUAUGGAAGGACUUGACGUGAUUCAAGAGCAAGAUGGGAGGAAUCAUGAUUUUUUCCAGACAGCUUCAGAAGUGGGACAUUUACACAGUCGUAAAGAUUCUGUACAGAUGGAAACAAAUGAUAAAGUUCCUGAAAUCAGUUGUGCUCUAGUAAACAAGCAAGUGGAAGGAAACACCAGGAUAUCUAUGGCAAAGGAGCAAGACAGCAAUCAGAAACCCUUUGACCAUAAUGUUGAAGCAGCCCUUAAUGCUAUUUUUGAUGGCUCCACUCAGAUGUGUAGUGGACAGCUAAGCCAAGAUCUGUCAGAUGCAUUUUUGAAGAAUAGUAAAAGUACUUUUGUAAAGAAAAGUAGCUUAAUAGAAGAGGAAAUCAUUACUAGUGAAACUCUGCUCACUGAAAACCUGCCAAAUAAAACUCCAAUAUCACCUUCCCCUCAGGUAGAGACUGCCUUACUGCAAAAAUCAUGUGUGACUCCCUGUGCUAAGAAGCCAGGAGCAUCUAAUACACAUCCUGAUGGGUUGACUGCUAGUGAUUUUGAGGAUGACUGGGAGAGCUUACUAGGCAAUGAACUUUUCCUAAUGGAGAAUGCUGAAAUGCUUGAACUCUCUCCUUCCACAACUGCCCAAGUUACUGGUCAGAAGGCGAUUUGUACUGUUAUUGCUAAAAAUGAUACAAUCACUUCAGGAGCAAAUAUGCAUCUAGGUGGAAAGUUAAGAGACUCAAAAGUAACUUUGGAUCAUCCUUCAAAGAAAUGUAACAGAGAACUAAGAAAUUCUGGAAGUUAUACAUUUUUAUCACAUCUAAGUGAUGAUGAGUCAAGCAAGUUAACAUUCACUGGAAAAAAAGUGAGGGUUGAGAAACCUUUCAAUAACAUUAAAGAUGAAGAUUGUGUUGAUGUUGCUAAUCUUAACAGAGAAAAAGAAGAUAGUCGUAGUAAGUGUACGUUUAAUGUGCGUGCUUGUGACAAUUCUGGUUCACAUACAAGAUACCCUAAUGAACAAAAGUAUGGAUUCAGUGUAAAUACGCCUUUGAAAGCAUUUGUUGACACUGCCCCCCGUGGUUCUGUAUUCUUGGACAAAGAAAACAGUAUUUGUAACAUAAAUCAGACUAAUGGAUUGAAGUUCAGUUCUACCCUUGAUGACUGGAAUGAUCCCUUGGUUGCCAGUGAAAUGGUUAAAGCAUGCAGUGAAUUAGAGACAACCUGGGAAGCAGAUGACGUAGAUGAUGAUUUGUUAUAUCAGGCAUGUGAUGACAUUGAAAGACUAACUCAGCAAGAGAACAAGCUCAGCAAGCAGUCAGAAAGUGUAAAUACCACUUCUAGACAGGGAUCCAGAAAUAUCUGUACUGCAUCUAAACAAGGAAGCCAGUCAGUGCCUUCUAAACAUUGGAACUUUGUCAGUUUGUCAGUGCCGCCAUCCUUAACAGGUAACUCCCAGAUACAUAAAUCAGUGAAAGUGGAGAAGAGAGACCCAUGCGGAGAUGACCCCAAUAUUUUGGAUGCUACAACAAAUUUGUCUGUGUGCUCUGGGAAUUCAUUUGAUAAUCAACGUGUACCAAUACAGGUGAAUGGCUCAAAGUAUGUCCUUGCAGGAAAUUCAAGUUUGAGUGUUAGUUUGGGUCGAGUGAGCACAGAAAUUGUUACAGAUACGAAGUUCAGUACUCAUCAACUAUCUCACAACACCUUAUCAGAUAAAACUCAGAAUGACAACAAAACAUUGAGGUUUUCAAAAUAUACAUUUAAGACCAAAAAUCCUCAGGUUCUUUGCCAGUUAAAUCAAAAUUGUAUAGCAGGAAAUACGCCUGCUAGGAAAAUCUUUCAGGAUUUAGAAAAAAGGGGGACUGUCAAUUCGUUGCUUGCGGCUAAUCCACAGCAAUCUUCAAUAAAAUAUUCUGAGUCUUUGAGGUCAUCUUCUAAAGAUGAAGAAGAGAGGAAUAGAAAGUAUUCUCCUGAGGAAAUUCAACAAAAAAGGCAGGAAGCACUGGUUCGAAGACAGGCAAAAGCACUGGCUUUGCCUCCUGCACAUCCAGCUCCCAUUUCACUUCUGUGAUGAAAUUUGACUUAGACGGUUUCAUAUUAAUAACUAUCUGUGAUAGGACUUUCGUUCUUGAUUUCUCUGUGAGAAAUUUAAUGCUGAAUUAUAAAGCAUGGGCUUCUUUAUUAUUUAAUAAAUCAGUGUUUACAAUGGAAAAUGAAACUUUCUUGGAGAUGUAUGUGAAUUAUGUAUAUGUUUUGGAAAAGUUAAUAGUUAUGUAUAUACAGAGGGAAGUACUUGUCUUUAUUACAUGUGAUAGCAGCUGAGCAUCAAAAAUAGACAGCUGUAAAGCUUCUAACAGAUUAAAAUGACUAAACAAUGA